GUACCUACAAUUUUUUAUAAUAAAUUUUAGUAUCUAAACUUUUCAAAUUUUACAUAAUAGUCCAAGACUUGGAUGUCAUCCGGAUUCAUGGGUCAAUCCUCCAAUCCACUUAAUUUAUUAAUUCACCAAUCCAAUCUAUUUGUCACCUCUAUUCGAAGCCUUCUUUCUGCUAGUAUUAGAUUUUGCUUUCAAAUUCUGAUCAUAUUGGAUUAGGUCAUCAACUACUUUCAAAAAUAGUUGGAAAUGGCUUUUGAGACGACAACAGGCUCUUAAUGAUUUCAUAGUCUGGAUUUAAGAACGUGAUUAGAUAGUCUGUUUCUUGCCUUUCUGUGUAGGCUAUUGCAACAUCAAAUGGAUGAGCUUUCACUAGAGCACUGGUACAAGCAAAUUCCUCUCAUUGUCCUUUGAUCUGGUUAAGAUUCUGGUUUAUGGGAAGAUUUUCCUACUUGAACCUGUGGAUUUCAACGUACAAAAUUGGAUUUUCCAUACCUUCACUUCAACUCAUCCCACAACACCCUCGCACUAACAUGAUUCAUCCCAGUUCGUUCAUAUCCUUAUGAAAGAGAGUUCAAAAUCCAUGACAACACAACAUUAUUUACAACCAUCCCACGUGCGCAGGACCGACCCCGUUGGGGUGUGUAUCGAGAGUUUAGGAUUUCAUCUCUAGUUUCUAAGUGUGAGAAGGGCUAUCAGCCUCUACUAAUGAACUCUGGCUAUAGGUCCCGCGCGAGAUGCAUGUUGAAGUUAGGUCGUACGUCAAGUUAACUCAUCAUAACUUAUCAAACAUCCAUUUGAUUUAUUAUCCAAACCAUAGUCAACUUAAUGGAUGUAAUAUCUUACCUAGCUAGAUCAAUUACUACUUAAUAUACUAAUCUUUCACUCAACCAUUUCCCUUUAUCUUAGGUACAACCUUCUAUAUUUUCCCCCUUUCCCCCCUCUAAUUUUACUUCAAUUCCCCGCUAUUGACUCGCUCCAAACCCAAAUCCACCAUCAACUCUCAACCUCACAACAACUCCUCCAUUCCAUCCUCCUUCUCUUGCCUUACCCAAAUAUAAAUAAUAAGCAAUUUCACACAAAACAAAAACAAAAAAACAAAAACAAAUAAUAAUUACUAACGAAUAAUCUCAACAAAUAAUCUCACCAUGUCAUCAUCAUCACCACUAACCUCCUCCAACCUAACCAUGCUCACGGUGGCCGCUCUCCUCGCACUAACCCUCGCCACCAUCGCGUCGGCCCACGUACCGCCGGCGCCAACCACCCCGACACCGGGAGCUCCGUCGCCACCGACAGACCCAUCGCCACAAACACCACCGACCACCCCGACCACGCCGCCCCCGACCGACGUGAACAACCCGCCGUGCUGCGACGUGCUGAAGGGCGUCCCGGGCUGCCGGGACCAGAUCCACAAGACCUUCACAACCAUCAGCGGCGGCGUGUCGGCCUCCAGGGAGGCCAGCGUCGACAUCAGCGGCAGCUACGUGAAGCUGGGGUCCGCCUGCUGCCAGAUCAUCAACAGCGUCAGCGACGUCUGCUGGAAGAUGAUGUUCCCCAAGUGCCCCGUCGCGCUCUUCUUCCGCGGCACGUGCUCCGUCUUCGGCACCGACGAGCAGAAGCCCAGCCUGAUGAACUCGGUGCAGUGCAUCAGCGCGCUCCGGAAGAUCCCCGGCUGCAUGAAGCAGGUCAACGAGACCGCCUCCCUCCUCACCCGGUUCAGCAUCCAGGGCAUGAAAACCCACAAGGGGAUGCGGACGGAGAUCCUCGGGAUGGGACAGACGUGCUGCCAGGCCGCCGGCGGGAUCACCGACUCCUGCUGGCAGGAGAUGUACCCCAAGUACCCCGCCGUCCCGCGCCUCGUCAAGGGCGUGUGCUCCGUCGUGGACAGGGCCGCCGCCGUCGGCGGAGGAGGGCGCGUGAAGGAGGCGAUCAUGAAUCAUCGGGAGGAGAGGAUGCAGGGUCAGGGCAGCGUUCACAUCGUCGGUGACGGCAACGUUAAGGAGGCGAUAUUGAAUCAUCGGGAGGAGAGGCUGCAGAAGAUGAAGGACAGCGCCGGCGGCGGCGACGGUAAGUUGCCCGUUGCUCCUCCCGUGGCCUAGUGGAAUACAUCAUUUUUUUCUUCUUCCCCUGAGAGGCAUUGGAUUUGGAGGUGAAGAAAAGAACUCCAACUGCAAUCGAAAAUAAAGUUGAAAUAAGUAGAUGAAUAUUGAUCAAAUGGAAUCAAUAAUUCUACAAGAAAAUUUUGAAUAUUUCUAGUAUAGAGCUAUAGCUUUAAUUUUGGGUCAAAUGUAUAACAUCUACAAAUAAAGGAAUCGAAUUGAACUUUUUUUUUUACGAAAUCUCAUUUCAUUACGAAUAUUUUCUUUUACCACGAAUCGAAUAUUUGGAGAUAAAGUGUUAAGUAUGUUUUAGUUCUAUAGAAAUAAUCACUCAUAAAACGGGCUGGGACAUAACAUAUCUAAAUUGUACAUGUUCCUUGAAAAUCGAAGUUUGUAUACACAUCUUUGACUCCUCAUCUCAUUUGCUACGUUGUUCCAAGUCAGGAACUGACCAAGCUGAGCGACUCCAUUGUCGUUAAUCUUCUGGUACGGCUUUGGGUUUUCUUGAUUAACCAAAUCUUCAAAUGGUUCAGUUUUUUUUAUUUUUUUUACCAUCUCGUGAAGAGAUCGAAAUCAAUGACUGGACUCUCCAACACGGAUAGACGAAUCAAGACAUCCAAAGAAGGAUGAACAAAGCUCGAAUCAAGACCCACAAUCAUUAUCACUCAAAAAGGAUGACCAAAGAAUUAAGACAUCCAUUUUGGAUUUCCAUAUUCGUCAAGAAUUUGAUUUGUGCGACCCGAACUUAUAUUAUUAGCUCACCUACGAUAUCAUGAGUAUAUCCAGAGAUCGUGUUGUUUCUAAAGAACAUUUUUUUUAUUAGCAAUUAUCUUCUUACCUUUUUUUUAUAAACAACAUUCCUUUUUGCAGUUCGAUCAAUUGCAGGCAAACCCCCAUUUUCUUCCACCCUGUAAUUAGGAUUUCAUGUGCUUCUAUGUGUUGCAACUCUUCUAAUCACUAAGUUCUAUCUAUCUUGUGAUUCUGUUUGGGCUCCAACUCUUUUAGUCACAAGUUCUAUCUAUAUUUCAUAGGCUAUUCUAGUUCAUCUAAGGUGUCAAUCACAAACUUAUAUUGUGAAUUUAAGUGUAUUUAAAUUUUCAAUAUAUGUUAGAUUCAAACACGGACUAUUAUUUUGAUCUAAUCUUAUAUGUUACUACUAAUAACUCCGAUGAUAUUUGAUCUAAUUUAUAUGGAUGAACAAAAUAUAUAUAUAUAUAUUUCAUAUAUCUUAGCUAAACCGGACUAAAACGACCGAACCAGAGCCACUUACUAAACUGGGUUGAGAAUCUUGUUUGGUUGAAACACGAGGAGAUCUUAGAGAAGAUGCAAAUUGAACACGCACCACAAGCAACAAGUGAGGGCAAAAGGAAACGAUAUGAACUCAUAUAUAAGUUGGGAGGGAACCAACAGAUUCACCUUAGCAAUGCAUAAAGGAACUUGUAAUCUUAUCAUAGCAACCCGCCAAUAUCAGUUUACAAAGGUACUAGAAGCAAUCUUUAUCUACUAAUUUAGUCUGAAGAGAUGAUGAAAGGGAGUUUCAGCCUUGACACACUAAAGCCAAGAAGUAUACUUGGAAUCCAGUCGCCAUUUGAGGUCAUAGAAGGGUAAGGAACAAAAUAUACCACAUCAAUCCUUCCCCUUCCAGGAUUCCUCGCCAUAGGCAGGAGUAAGCUAUCACUCAAAUAUGAGUGCAAAUCUUUAGCUAAUCCACCAGUGACCAAAUUUCCAUUCCCUCCAAUUCAAAGGGCCAUUACCUUGUAUGCUAACACUACCAAAGACCUUGCAUAAAACCAUCUCAAACAAACUUCCAUUGAAAAG